AUUAAACUGUAUGCUUAUUAUGAUCUUCUUUGAAGUGGUUAUAAAGUGCUCUCGUGUGCUAGACAACUUGGGUCUUGUUUUUUUCCGCUUCAACUUUUCUCUGUUGUUUUUCAAACGAGUCUCAUCAUGCAACACAUUUUUCACUUUGCUGUGAAGUGACAUCACUGACAGGGCUUCUCCAUGCUUAUCGCAAAUAUCCAACUAAUCGAUAAUUAAAUUCGUUGUCGAUGAUUUCCAUUAUCGAUAAUUAGCGAUUUUAUUGGUUAGUUGUUGCAGCCCUAAGUGUCAGGGAACUGCUGAGGAGAGGUUGAAGUUGAUAGAAUACAUGCUUUAGAGGUAAAUAAAUGAGUGUUCCACAGGAUGAUGGAUCUGCUCAAGUUUUGUGAGGUUUGUUUAUUACAUCUGUUUAAACAAGAUAUGCACAUAUUUGCAGACGUUAUAUGAUAUUAUUUGUAUUGAUAUUUGCAUUUUAUCAUUAGAUAAGACAGUUAAAAGUUACAGGGAACUGUUGAGGAGAUAGAGGGAGAAUGAAACAGGUGAGCACUUUAACAUAAUGAGCUCAAAUGCGUCUGUCUUGGCUCUGAUAUGUGGACCAUUUAAAUGAGACAAAUCAGCCAAAGGGGAAAAUUUAUCAGCCAAUGCCAAUAAUUAAAAAAGUCAGAAUAUCUGCCAAUUGAUCGCUUCGGCGAUAUAUCGGUCAACCACAAAUUUUGAAUCGUUGUAUGUAUGUAGUUUCUUUGGCCCUGCACGAUCCAAGCUUUAAAAGGACAUAAUGUUUGAAGAAUAUUAUCUGUCACCAGACUCAUUGGCAGUAGUCAAGCUACCUUGCCCAAUGAAAUGAUAGAAAAAAAAAAUACAUUCAUAAGAUUUCUGUACUCAGGCAGGCUCAUCAUAUUCCUUCUCGACACACAAAUUGCAAAAUACUGUCCUAAUUUCUUUCAUCUUAGAUUUUUCCCUGGAUAGAUUAAGCUCCUUCCUCGGUAGCCCCAGGCAGAAUGCACAGUACAACAGAGAAUCCUGAUCCUGUUUCCUCAGUUGAACUCUGAAAUCGAGUCCUCUGCUCUUCCUUGCUUUUUAAAGAUGCUUUCAGAAAUUAUCUUGUAAUGUUUUAUAUAGUCCUGGUUAGAUAAGGUUUAUUUAUAUUUGUGUGCAUCUUGCUUGUCAUUCCAGUGCAUUGAUGUGUAUUCUUCUGUCUUGUCUCUCAUUCAAAUAAUGAAUAUCAUACAUAAUGUCCCUAUAAUUUCCUCCUAUGCAAAGAUUGAGCAGAAAAAGCUAAUAAUUUAGUUUAUUGGUUUGGGUUUUGAUCACUGCCUAGAUACAUUUUCUAAUAUUAGAACGUUUCCUUGAUUUGCCCCAGCUUCUCUGGUGAUUCUUGAGCACAUGGCCAUAUGCUGCCCAAUAGGAAUACAGGAUUACCUUUUCCCUUCUGUAGCAGCAGUGAGUUUCCUGGCUGAAUUCAUUAAUUAUUUUGUGGGCUGCCUUGGUCACUGUGUUUAGCAAACUGCUCUGCUCAAACUGAAUGAAGGAGAGGAAAGGAUGCAUAGAGAGCAUUUAAAUUUGUCAGCCGCUGUUCUACAGCUUAAGCCAUGUGCCUGACUGUAAUGAUGAAGAUUUUUCUCAUCCGAAGUUUUAAUUUUAGCACUCAGGCUCCUGGAUCUUUUCUUUUUUCUGAAUGAUCUACAUCAUAAAACAGCGGUUCUGUUACAUUGAUGUACUUUUAGUUAUAAUAAUGAAAAGGCGGAAAGGGGGAUGACGUGUUUUUGUUUUGGAGGGGGUGUUUUGGUGGUGUGAGGAUUGCGGGCUCUGGUUGGGUAUGUCAAUGCCACGUGUCUGUGCUAGCACCUCUCUUCGCCACACAGAGGAUGUCAGACUGAGACCCUAGUGCGCCUUGCCAGUUAUUAAGUGGGUAAUCACGUUACACCGGGAGGAUCACAUCCUUAGAGGGAAUGUUGAGCAACCUGCUACACCAGUUAAUUUGGCAAAAUAAAUCUUAAUCUUAUUUAAACUCAAGACCUUUUUGUCUGUGCCUGAAUGAGCAUGUUGCGUACUCAUUCCCUCUGUUCCAUCAUUUGGUUGAACCGUGGGUUCAAGUUGAGAAAAGUGCCCUGUUCUGCCAACACUGGACAGGUCUAAGCUUCAGCGUUCCUUCACACUGCACAGGCCCACUCUGUUGGACAUGCUUAUAAGCUCCAGUCAUUAGUCCUUAGCUUUAAACAAAACGUCCCACCAUUCGCCCUCCCAAAGUUUCAUCCUCAGUCCUGUGCUCUUUUCUUUUGGGUGAUUUUUAUUUCAUACUCGAAAAUGGCUGCCGAUGGCUUCCAGUACAGAUCUCUGUAUGCCUACCGUAAGGACUGGGAGGACGAUAUUGACCUUGAACCUGGUGAUGUUCUGACUGUCGACAAAGCGUCUCUACUGUCACUGGGCGUCAAAGAGGGAGAUGAGAAGCACCCAGAGUGCAUUGACUGGAUCUUGGGUUUUAAUGAGCGAACCAAACAGAGGGGAGACUUUCCAGGGACGUACGUGCAGUAUGUUGGACCUGUGAAAAUGUCAGUGCUGUCCUGCCAGCCUCGUUCUCAGAGACCACUUCCUGCUGUUCCCAUACCUGAGCCAGCAGCCUCUGCACAAGUUGUUCCAGUCCUGGACUUGACCAAACAGUUCACACACCUGGAAACUGCUCCCCCUAAUCUUGUUAAGUUGGUUGAAGCAAUAGAGCGGACAGGUCUGGACUGUAGGACACUGUACAGGACAUCCACUGCUUCAGCCUCUGACAGUCAAAGACAGAGCCUCUGUGAGCUGCAGGAGCUGGACGUAGGACAGUGGGACAUUCAUGAACUCUCAGAGGCUCUCAUUCGGUACCUGCAGGAACUUCCUGCCCCCAUCAUCCCUCCCUCUGUUUAUACAGACCUUCAGGCAGCAGUGCAACUAGAAUCGGGAGUGGGAACCACCAGGGCCGUGGCGAUACAAUAUACCGAUGUUCCUUCAGUGAGGAGACGAGAGCAGCUGUUGCAGGCACUGGAGAACCCUGCAGUUCCUCUGCAGAACCUUCUGACACUGCAGUAUUUGCUCAGACACCUGGAAAAGGUGUGCCAGUGCGCAGAGCAGAACGGUCUGGACGUUCACACCCUCUGCCAAAUCUUUGGCCCUCUGCUGAUCAGGGGCCUUGUGAGCGGGCCAGAGGAAGAUGAGGGUUUUCCUGCAGUUGCAAUUGAGAGACUUCUUUUGGAGAGAAUUUGGGAACAGGAGCCAACUCCUCCUGCUCUCCCUCCUAAACCUCCCAAAGCCAAAACCAUGGCCUCAUCUGUAACCAAUGGAAACAACAGCAUACUGACUGAAGCUGAAUGGUACUGGGGAGACAUUUCCAGAGAGGAGGUGAAUGAGAAAAUGAGAGACACUCCUGAUGGUACAUUCUUGGUGCGGGAUGCGUCAAGCAAAGUGCAGGGAGAGUACACCUUGACCCUCAGGAAGGGAGGAAAUAACAAACUGAUCAAGAUUUUUCACCGCGGAGGGAAGUAUGGCUUCUCCGAACCUCUAACUUUUCUCUCUGUGGUGGAGCUCAUCAACCACUACCGGCAUGAGUCACUGGCCCAGUACAAUGCCAAGCUGGACUCUCACCUACUCUUCCCCGUGUCUAAAUAUCAGCAGGAUCAGGUGGUGAAAGAGGACAGUAUUGAGGCGGUAGGUGAGCAACUGAAGGUCUAUCACGAGCAGUAUCAGGAGAAGAGUCGCAAAUAUGACGUACUGUACGAAGAAUACACGCGCACAUCUCAAGAGCUGCAGAUGAAACGAACAGCCAUAGAGGCCUUUAAUGAGACCAUAAAGAUCUUUGAGGAGCAGUGUGAGACCCAGGAGCACCUCAGCAGAGAGAACAUUGAGAAGUUUCACAGAGAAGGCAAUGACAAGGAGAUUGAGAGAAUUCAGAGCAAUUCUAUGAAGCUGAAGUCCAGAGUGACAGAGAUUCAUGACAGCAAGAGGAAGUUGGAACUAGACUUGAAGCUCCAAGCCACAGACAAUCGAGAAAUAGACAAGAGGAUGAACAGCUUGAAACCAGACCUCAUACAACUGAGGAAGCUGAGGGACCAAUACAUUGGAUGGUUGACCCAGAAAGGCACCAGGCAAAGGAAGAUCAACGAAUGGCUGGGUAUAAAGUAUGAAUCGGAGGACUUCUACUCUCUGUUGGAUGAUGAUGACGAUCAAGCGCAUCACAUCGAGUGCGCCUGGUACAUAAGCGACAUUAAACGCACACAGGCAGAGGAUCUUCUGAGAGGCAAACGAGACGGCACUUUCCUCAUUAGAGAGAGCCAGACCCAGAAGGGCUCCUUCGCCUGCUCUGUUGUUGUGGAUGGAGAGAUCAAGCAUUGUGUCAUUUACAAGACGGCAACAGGUUUUGGAUUUGCUGAGCCCUACAACCUUUACGGUUCCUUGAAAGACUUGGUCCUGCACUACAAACACACCUCCCUGGUCCAGCACAACGACUCACUGAAUGUAACCCUGGCCUACCCGGUCCUCGCACAGCAGCCUAGAUGAGCACCAUGACAUGAGAAGUCUGAGGAGAUGCAUAUAAAGCAUGACUAAGCACAUUAUACGGAGCAAAAUAUACUAACACUGAAUGUUAAUGUUUAUCAUAGAAAACAGAUAAGCAUAGUAUAUUAUCUCAAGUAAAUGUAUGGCUUAUUGUAAGCCCAUAGUUUUCCGUAUCAUUCAAAAGCAGCUGCAGUAAUUAUGGUAAGAUCACAGCUUCAGCACUCUGUAUUAUUUACAAAAAAGAUGUCUCAAAGAGGUUGCAUACAUUGCAGUGGUUUGCCUUGUUAAAGCCCAGAGAUCCUGUCUCUUAGAGAGGAAAGUAUCCAAUGAUUACAGGAAAUCUUGAACUAGUGCCGUAGUCCUGAUAUGACCCAGGCAACUUCUUGCCUAUUUUAUAUUAGGACACAGGCCAGGGAUUAAAUGAGGAAUGAACUGAAAGUUGCAGCUGCUUAAAAUCAAUCUUUUAGCUGUUAUGUCACUGCUGUGGGUUAUCGUCUUAUUUGUAUUAUGUUUGGUAGUUUGCUUUUGCCAAUUGUAUGAAUAGAUUCCUUUUUAUGUGAGUUGUCCUAAAGAAGAUGUGAAACAAGCAUGUGAACCUUUUUUUUAAUCAGAAGUGGUGGUUGUAAACUUCAGUCAUGUUAGCUUGAAAUCUGCCUCUUUCUUAAAAGCUAGUUGUCAUGAUCCGAGCAAACAGGCGUUAACCGUUUUAUACUUUAAAAAAAACUGGAGUCUGAGAUCAUAAAGACCCCAUGAAAUCACUUGACGAGCACAGUUUUCUCUCCUGUGUUGAGAUAUUUCCUAUUGAAUCAGGAACUUGGGCGGUACAUAUUAUAGGCCUUGUGCAUUAUAUAUUAAAUAGCCAAUAGACAUAAAGGGAUAGUUCACACAAAAAUAAAAAUAUUCUCAUUAUUUACUCAUCCUCAUGCCAUCCUAGAUGUGUAUGGCUUUCUUUCUUUUGCUGAACACAAUUGAAGAUUUUCAGGAAAAAAAAAAUCAGCUCUGUAGGUCUAUAGUAUGCAAGUGAAUGGUUGCCAAAAUUGUGAAGCACAUAAAGGCAGUAUAAAAAUAAUCCAUAUGACUCCAGUUGUUAAAUCUAUAUUUUCUGAAGUGAUAUAAUAGGUGGGGGAGAGAAACAGAUCAAUAUUUAAGUCCUUUUUUACUAUAAUUCUCCUCCCUGCCCAGUAGGUGGCACAAAGAGCCAAAAACAUAAGAUAAAGAAAUUGAAGGGAAAAGUGGAGAAUUAUAGUAAAAAAGAAAUUUAUCGGUUUCUUACCACUGGAGUUAUAUGGAUUACUUUUAUGCUGCUUUUAUGUGCUUCUGGAUCUUCAAAAUUAUGGUACUCAUUCACUUCCAUUGUGAGGACCAAAAGAGCUGAGAUAUUCUUCUAAAAAUAUUCAUUUAUGUUCUGCAGAAAAAAGAAAGU